AUGUCCGCAGCCAACACCACCGGCCCCUCGCCCACCUUCUACUCCUCGUCCUCGUCGCCAGAAACGCCGUCCGCUCCAUCACCAAACCCCAAUGGCCGCGCGCUCCCCGCCCCCGGAGACUCCGCGACAACCCUCGACGUCUCCGGGGACGGCACGACCGUCAAGCUAGACCACCUGGGUCCUCUUGUCGUCAACGUCGACGGCACCUUGUCCCGCAUCUCGAACUGGUCCGAGAUGGCCGAGGUGGAGAGGCAGAACACCCUAAGGGUGCUGGGAAGACGGAACAAGCAGCGGCUGGAGGCGUUGAGGAAGGCUGGCAAGGAGUGA